AAGGAAGUAGUAUCCGCGUUGUCCGCCUCCUCCAUCUUUCUUUUGGUUCGCCGACUGCCAUCAUGGUGUUCAAACGCUACGUAGAGAUCGGCCGGGUUGCCUAUGUCUCUUUCGGGCCCUACGCAGGCAAGCUGGUGGCCAUCGUUGAUGUGAUUGACCAAAACAGGGCUUUAGUGGAUGGCCCUUGCACAGGGGUGAAAAGACAGGCCAUGCCCUUCAAGGUUAUGCAGCUUACUGACUUCGUCAUCAAAAUCCCCCACAGCACCCGUCAGAAGUUUGUCCGUCGUGCUUGGGAGAAGGCCACGAUUAAUGAGAAGUGGGCACAGAGCAACUGGGCCAAGAAGAUCGAAGCUAGACAGAAGAGGGCUAAAAUGUCAGACUUUGAUCGCUAUAAAGUGAUGAAGGCCAAGAGGAUGAGGAACAAGAUCAUCAAGCAUGAACUGAAGAAGCUGCAGAAACAAGCAGUGAAAAAGGAAUAGAAUGUCCAAAAUAAAACCUUUUGAUGUCUA